CUCUCCUAUAUAAAAAAAAAAAUCAUUUUCUGUCAACAAAAGCUCUCCCAACAUUCUCUCCUCCAAUCUAGCUAUAGCUCCUACGCCCACUCUGUAAUCCAACAACAAUAACAACCAGCAAAGCUUCGAUCUGAUCUGAUAAGAUGGCGAGCAUCAGCAACGAGCCGGAGCGCGAGCACAGAGACGAAGAAGAGUCCGGAGCCAACGAGGACGAAGACACCGGCGCUCAGGUCGCUCCCAUCAUCAAACUCGAAGAAGUCGCCGUCACUACCGGCGAAGAAAACGAAGACGCAAUCCUCGAUCUGAAAUCGAAGCUGUAUAGGUUCGAUAAAGAUGGGAGUCAGUGGAAGGAGAGAGGCGCUGGUACGGUCAAGUUCUUGAAGCAUAAGGAGUCAGGGAAGAUCCGUCUCGUUAUGAGGCAGUCCAAAACUCUCAAGAUCUGUGCUAAUCAUCUCGUUACGUCGGGGAUGAGUGUUCAGGAACACGCUGGGAAUGAUAAGUCUUGUGUGUGGCACGCUCGUGAUUUCUCCGACGGGGAGUUGAAGGAUGAGCUUUUCUGUAUCCGGUUUGCUUCUGUUGAGAACUGCAAAGCAUUUAUGCAAAAGUUCAAGGAAGUUACCGAUUCUGAAGAAGAGAAAGAAGAGAGUAAAGAGGCUUCUGAUACUGCUGGUCUUCUUGAGAAGUUGACAGUGGAAGAGAAGGACACCGAGGAGAAGAAGGAAGAGAAACCAGUCGAGAAGGUAGCAUCAGCAGAGGCAGAGAAAGCUGUUGAAGAAAAGAAAACCGAGGAGUCUGUGCCCUCUGCGUAAGAUGCAUGCAUAGACACAACAAACACACGAGGCUAGUUAAUUUACAGCCUGAUAUGUUUUAAAUCCAUCGCAUAACUUGGCUUUCUUUUCUUUUUCUUGAAAUUGAUACAUGUUCUGUCAGUGUCAUCAUGUUCACUUUCUGAGUCGUGUCGAGUUUAUAUGUUAGUGUCACAAGAGUAUCACAUGUGACACAUAUGAGAGGUUCUGGGGUUGUUUUGGGAUUCGUUAUGUGGAAAGAAUAUCCCUUUGUUUUGAUUUUUCAAAAUGUAUGCAUUGGAUUGUGUCUUUUUUAUUAAACAAGGCGUGUUACAUUA